GUCAAUCACGCGUCGGUCUCUUUGAUCUUCGCUGUUCUAAAGCUCGACUGUUUGUUACUUUCAGGUCGCGCGGAGCGUCACAGCAUAAAGAACUUUUCCUCCCUCGCGCGAGUCUCAAACGCUCACCCGAGCGCGGAAAACAGCGACGACAACAACAAAUCAAAAAGUACAUUAAUAAAGUUCGCUCGAGCGCGUGAAUAUGCCGCAGCUGAACGGUGGAGGGGGAGAUGAUCUCGGGGCGAAUGAUGAGAUGAUCGCGUUUAAAGAUGAAGGAGAUCACGAGGAGAAGAUCCGCGAGAGCGCGUUCACGGAGAGCGACCUGGCCGAUCUCAAAUCAUCUCUGGUCAAUGAGUCCGAGAUCAGCCAGAACUCCAGCUCUGCGGUGAUCAGAAGAGGACAUCAGGAGGAUCAGAGGAUCUACAGCGAUAAACGAGAACAUCUGGACGACGUGCCCAAACAUCAAGAUGGUGGAAUGUAUAAAGGACCGUAUUCUGGAUACCCGUUCCUGAUGCUGCCGGAGCCGUACCUCCCGAACGGACCCGUCUCGCCGUCUUCCAACAAAGUGUCGGUGGUCCAGCCGGGGAUGCAUCCUCUCACGCCGCUGCUGCCGUACGAUCACUUCAACCCCAGUCCUCCACACAUUCCCACAGACGUCAGCCAGAAGCCAGGUGUUCACAGGCAUCAGUCGCAGGAAAUCUCCGGUUUCUACUCGCUGCCUCAAGGCCAGAUCACCCCCUCCAUGAACUGGCCCAAUCAGCCUGUCUAUCCUCUGCCCUCCUGCGGCUUCAGACAGUCCUUCCCCUCCAGCCUCCAGAGCAGCUCCUCCUACCCCAGGUUCUCUCAUUCUCUGAUGCUUCAGUCCGGCAUGCACCCUACAGGCAUCCCUCACCCCGCUAUAGUGCCCUCUUCAGGCAAACAGGAGCACGACCAUUUCGACAGGAACAUGUAUACCAAAUCUCAUCCAGAGGCCAAGCGUGAGAAGGAGCCGAAAAAGCCGGUGAUCAAGAAACCUCUGAACGCGUUCAUGCUGUACAUGAAGGAGAUGCGAGCGAAAGUGAUCGCCGAGUGUACGCUGAAGGAGAGCGCCGCCAUCAACCAGAUCCUGGGGCGACGGUGGCACGCUCUGACCCGCGAGGAACAGGCUAAGUACUAUGAACUGGCACGGAAGGAGCGGCAGCUUCACAUGCAGCUUUAUCCCAGCUGGUCCGCCCGCGACAACUACAUUUACACUGAAGGAGGGACCCGGGCCACAUCUAGAGAUCAGACUCUCUCAGGAAAAAAGAAGCGAAGGAAACGAGACAAGCAGCAGGACUCCAGCUCAGACCCCGGCUCGCCAAAGAAAUGCCGUGCUCGCUUUGGCCUCAACCAACAAACGGACUGGUGCGGCCCCUGCAGGAGGAAAAAGAAGUGCAUUCGCUACCUUCAAAGAGGACUCUGCGCCAGCCCCCAUUCUUCCGAUGGAAGUGCUAUAGACUCCCCCCCUUCACCUGUCCAUCACCUGCCAAACCCCGCCUCUCCCCCACGAUGCCCCUCCUCUCCCCCCGCCUCCCCCGCCAGCAGUCCCCUCCCACAGAGCGGCAAAUGCUCCGCCCACCCGCCCAGACUCUCGCUCGACUUCAGCAGAAUUAAAACAGAGAGCACGAUACGGCAGCCACAAUAACGAGGAGAUCUGCGGCUGCGGAGACUGAUUUCACCGUCACGCUUUCCUGAAGUUUCCUCCUCCUCAAACAAACAAACAAAAACAAGUUCAUGUGGGGCGUCAUUCUCAUCUUUUAGGAAGUCGUGGCAUUAGACUUCCUCGUGGGUGAAUCUCACGAAGAAUGAUUUCUAAUGACAAUUAAGCAUAUUAUUGUUUUCAUCACCAUGAUGCAAAAAAAUCUCAUUUUUGUUACUGUAGUUUGGAAAAUAUAUAUGAAAGUAUAUAUGACUUUCGUUACUGUAUUACAGUAAUGUGAAUGUAGUUCUCAUUAUUCUGAUUCCCAUUAGAAAGUACAGCGUCCAGACACAAUUACAGUAAUGAAAAUGAGUUUUUAUGCAUUACAGUCAUGAGAAUUUUGGGGGGAAUGUGCUUAAUUGUCUAGUUUCGUGACCCAAAGAGACUCAUUUUCUUCACGUAAAAUGAAGUGAUUUUGUGAAGUACGACCUGGAUGUUUCUUCGUGAGAUUCAGCCACUGUGACUGACGAUAAUUGAUCAUUUAAAUGCCAUGUCUCUACAUCACUGAAAACAGUGUCAGUUCUCAUGAUAACUCUUCUACAAUCAAAUAACUGUGUUGUAAAACUUAUUCUUUUAUAGACAUGAAAGUGCGUAAAUAACUAAACUUUUAUAUGUUUUUAUGUAAAGAGAAAAAAAAGAAAAAAACAUUCCUCGACUGUUUACUUUUAUUCAUACAAGUGCCAUUUUUAAGUUUUUGUUGUGUAGAUUUGACGUAGUCUGCUAUGCCUGUCAUACAUCCAAAUGAAGUAUGUGCUGCAUGUAUUUUGUAUGUUUCAGAAACUACUUUGCUUUGUAAGUGUCAUUCAGUGCUCGCUCAGGUCUGUCAAUCAUGUCAUCAGAUCUGAGGUGAAGCUGCCAGCAGAGGGAGCCCUGCCAUCUUCAGUGUUCACAUGUGUCAAGCCAUCUCUCUUCCUUUCGCUUUUGAUGUAACAAUCAUUCUCUUAGAUUUAUUAAAAUAUUUUGAAAAAUC